AGGCUGCGCCCUUGCGCCGCACAGAUAGUGGCGGUCUAGCGGGCGCGCGAGCGACUACAACGAACGGAGCCGCUGGCCCGAACCGUCAUUCGACACCAUGAGCGGCUACCUGCAGGACCUCGAUGAGCGCCAACGCACCACGCUUGAACAGUUUCGCGAAGCGGUGGCAGACGUCCGGGGGCCGGAGCACACGGACGCCAACCUACUUCGAUGGCUUCGAGCACGCGAGUUCGACUUGGACCGGGCGGAGCACAUGUUUCGACAGCACCUGCGAUGGCGCAAGGAGAACGGCGUGGACACCUUGCUCACGGACUACAAGGUGCCCAAGGUGAUGCGCGAGAACUUUCCGGGUGGCAUCCUGGACUGCAAUCCGAAGGGACACCCCGUCUGGCUCAUAAACAUCGGCAGCGUGGACAUAAAAGGUUUCCUGCAGGUGCUGCCUCAGGCGGACAUUUACCGCCACUGCAUGUACCUGCUCGAGCUGCAAGAGAAGAUCAAAAAGGACACGUCGCGCAAGUUGGGAAGAGAGAUCGAGACGCAGUACGUGAUCAUGGACUACGAGGGCUUUUCAGUGCGCCAGCUUUACUCCUGGCAAGUGCUCAACCUUCUGACGGAGUUGCUCAAGAUGUACGAGACAAACUUUCCGGAAUCCCUUGAGAAGGCGUUCGUCAUCAACGUGCCCAGUUUCUUCCCUGUCCUGUGGAAAAUGAUGCGGCCGCUUUUGACGCAGAGGACGGUGAACAAGGUUGCCAUCUACGGCAAAGACGGCUGGAAGGCCGCCCUAGCCGAGUGCAUGGACUUGACCAAGCUGCCGGCCCAUUGGGGAGGCACCCUCAAGGGGCCGGACGGUGACCCGCGCUGCCCGCACCUGGUGUGUCCCGGCGGCGAGGUGCCGGACGAGUACCGCGACGAGCUCGCCUCCAAGCGGCUCUGGGGCCGCGAAGGCGUGCAGCAGUUCUGCGUCGAUCGGCGCGGUCGCCACGAGCUGCCCGUGGCCGUGGACCAGGCUGGCUGCCGGAUCCGGUGGACCUUCCAGACGGCCAAGGGAGAACUGGCCUUCGGAGUUCGCUUCCAGCCACCGGCAGGUGGCGGAGGAGGCGUGGAGGAGCAGCUGCUCGAGCUGCACCGCAUUCCCUCCUGCAGCCUGGUGCCCGAGCACGGCUCGCACGUCUGCACGAAGCCCGGGACGUACGUGCUGCAGUUCGACAAUUCUUUUAGCUGGAUGAGCAGCAAAGAGGUGGCGUACGAGAUCCAGAUCGUACCGCCACCACCACCUGCCAGCUGAUGUGGUGGACGCAGGAGGAAAAAAAAACACACACACACACACAGAGUUUCGUACGAAUAUCGCGAGAGGACAUAUAGUCUCCCACUGAGGCCACUCAGGCAUAGCGGUGCAAACGCGACGUGUACACGAGCUUUUCCUGACUUGGUUAUGAAUUUUGUUGCGUGCGCACACCUGUGGCCUCCUUUAUCAACACAUCGACGUUCAGUUUUCAUGCGUUAGCGUGACAAAGCAUCAUUUAUGGCAAAUAAUUGUACACAUUGUGGCUGUCGCUGGCGAGACAGUCCGCCAUCAGCAGAGGAAGUUUUCAGCACUACAAUAAUUAAGUUGCUGUCCCUGCUUGCCUCUCGACUCCAGUCAAGAACUGAAGGUGCCGCUAACAAUCGCAAACCUUGCCGCUUCGCCAUUAUAACCGUGAGCCGCACAAAGCACGACCCAGCACGAUUACGAAACCACCUAAACCGCGUAAAUGGCCGAGCAAACACCGGCAAAAGCGCGCUGACUGAAUUUGCAUAUGUCACUCGCGUUACCCGAAGCCGGGCGGAUCUCGCAAUCGCUCCGACGUCAUGGGUGGGAGAAUUUCUGAGCGCUCCAAGUCCGAUUUCGGCGAUCUGAAAGAACCAACCGAAUGUAGUUAGAGCGCCCUUUUUUCGACCACUCGAACAAGAUGACUAUCUCUGGAGCGCUCCGAAAUGACCACCCAAAGAUGUCUCAAAAAUACUACACUCCUUGGGGCGUACCUUUGCCCCACAAAAAUAAUCGUAAUCUAUACUGCGCGCCUUACCUUUUUUUUUUUAACCCUGUGCGCCCGUUACUUCCAGGUUCCGAAUAGCAUGUACGUUACCUGAGUGACAGCAUUCGCGACAGAAAAGUAGCAAGCGCAGAGUUUUCAAGAAAGGAAACAUAAGCGAGACAGAUGACGAUUAUAUUGUCGUGGGACAAAGAUAUAGGCCCUAAACUGUUUUUGGAGCGUAGACAUGAACAUUCACCGGAAGUAUAUUAUUUUGACGUUGUCUUAAAUGCAUUAUUUGAGAGGCUUGUAUCCUAAUAUUCACACUUUUGCACGCCGCACGUCAGUGGCAUUUUCAUCUGAAAUCGCAAUCAAGAACUGUCCAACGGAAGAUGUAACGAUAGCACGACAAGCGCACGAAAUACAUUUAUAAUAAAACAAAGUAUACCAUUACAAACAAGGUAUUACUUGGGAAAAAGAAGGAUAUAAUUAUUAUCCCUACAUACUCUUCAACUGGAAUAGAAGGAUUGUUAUCCACCCAAAAGAAGGCCGGAACUAUAAAAGAAAGCCCUGACGGGUUUCGGUUCAUGAAACGUUUACGUCAAACUUGCUCCACUUCGCAGGCUUCCGCGGAACUGAUUUGGCGUACUCUGCAAUUGCAGGCGCACACUUAUUUUCGAGGCAGUGAAUGCGCUAUCUUGACAGCAUUUCAUGGAAUGAAAGGGGCUGGCGCGGCAUUUCUUUCAUUGCAUUUUCCUUGCGACAUUGGCAGACGAUGCCGGCACGCGGAAAACGAGCCACAGCUAAAGUAUGGUACUAUGCGCUACUUCUCGUCCUGAUGGUCAACCAAUAAAUGUUUUGUUUUGCAAA